AUGUUUCGCUUCCUACGACCUUCUCAGGAGCUCGCGAGACCGGAGCGCGCGAAGGCCCCUGUGCAGACUGCAGGCGCCUCGCCCGGAAACCGAAGUUGCAUCUGGGCCAGCAGCCCAGGCCUCCUUCAGAUGCCCUCAGUAAACAUGGCGGCCGGGGCGGGCUGGAGGCGGGACCUCGAUGUCACCCAGCCUGGGCUUCGCAGCUUGUCUGGACCAUGUUGCUCGGUGCAGGAGGAGGACUGUGAGACUGGCUGGGAGCCAGUUUGUAGCCGUUGGUCGCCACUGCCCAGCCAAAGGACAGUCCGGAGCUCAGGUGCAGCAGGAGGCUGUGGGGCACAGAACGCCGUGAGGAUGAGCACUGCUGCCCCCUACACCUCAACCCCAGCCACGGAUGUGGUCACAGCCACUUUCUCCAUUGUGGACUACGUGAUCUUCAGCCUGGUGCUGGUUCUCUCCCUUGCCAUUGGCCUCUACCAUGCUUAUCGUGGCUGGGGCCGGCAUACCGUUGGUCAGCUGCUGCUGGCAGACCGUAAGAUGGGCUGCCUCCCUGUGGCACUGUCCCUACUGGCCACCUUCCAGUCGGCUGUGGCCAUCCUGGGUGCACCCUCUGAGGUCUACCGAAAUGGGAUCCAGUAUUGGUUGCUGGGCUGCUGCUACUUCCUAGGGCUGCUCAUCCCUGCACAUGUCUUCAUCCCUGUCUUCUACCGCCUGCAUCUCACUAGUGCCUAUGAGUACCUGGAGCUCCGGUUCAAUAAAACCGUGCGGAUUUGUGGGACAGUGACCUUCAUCUUCCAGAUGGUGAUCUACAUGGGAGUUGUGCUCUAUGCACCGUCCUUGGCCCUUAAUGCAGUGACCGGCUUUGAUCUGUGGCUGUCAGUGCUCACCCUCGGCAUUAUCUGUACCAUCUACACGGCCCUGGGUGGGCUGAAGGCCGUCAUCUGGACAGAUGUGUUUCAGACACUGGUCAUGUUCCUAGGGCAGCUCGUGGUUCUCAUCGUGGGGUCAGCCAGAGUGGGCGGCUUGGGGCAUGUGUGGGAGGUAGCUUCCCAGCAUGGCCUCAUCUCUGGGAUUGACCUGGAUCCAGAUCCCUUUGUGCGGCAUACCUUCUGGACCUUAGCCUUCGGGGGUGUCUUCAUGAUGCUGUCCUUGUACGGGGUGAACCAGGCCCAGGUGCAGCGCUACCUCAGUUCCCGCACAGAGAAAGCGGCUGUGCUCUCCUGCUACGCGGUGUUCCCUUGUCAGCAGGUGACCCUCUGCAUGUCCUGCCUCAUUGGCCUGGUGAUGUUUGCCUAUUACCAGAAGUAUCCCAUGAGCCCCCAGCAGUCUCAAGCAGCCCCUGACCAGUUUGUGCUCUACUUUGUGAUGGACCUCCUGAAGAACCUGCCGGGCCUGCCGGGCCUCUUCGUGGCCUGCCUCUUCAGCGGCUCCCUCAGCACCAUAUCUUCUGCUUUCAAUUCAUUGGCAACUGUCACAAUGGAGGACCUGAUCCGACCAUGGUUCCCUGAGUGCUCCGAAACCCGGGCCAUCAUGCUUUCCAGAAGCCUCGCCUUUGGCUAUGGGCUGCUUUGCCUGGGAAUGGCCUAUGUUUCCUCCCAGAUGGGACCUUUGUUGCAGGCUGCCAUCAGCAUCUUCGGCAUGGUUGGAGGGCCGCUGCUCGGACUGUUCUGCCUUGGAAUGUUCUUUCCUUGUGCCAACCCUCCUGGCGCCAUUGUGGGCCUGCUGGCUGGACUCGUCAUGGCCUUCUGGAUUGGCAUUGGGAGCAUGGUGACCAGCAUGGGCUCUGGAGUGGCAUCUGUUCCUCCUAACGGGUCCAGCUUUUCCCUACCCAGCAACCUGACCAUUGCCACCGUGACCACCCUGAUUCCCUCAACCACCGUUUCCAAGCCCACAGGGCUGCAGCGGUUCUAUUCCCUUUCUUAUUUAUGGUACAGUGCUCACAACUCCACCACAGUCAUUGUGGUGGGCCUAAUUGUCAGUCUGCUCACAGGGGGAAUGCGGGGCCGGACCCCAAACCCUCGGACCAUUUACCCAGUGUUGCCCAAACUGCUGGCCCUCCUGCCCAUGUCCUGUCAGAAAUGGCUCCACUGCCAAAGCCACAGCCAGGACCUCCAGGUGGACACUGCCCUGUUUCCUGAGAAGAUGAGGAAUGGGUCGCUGAGGGCCAGUGGAGACACAGAGGCUCUGGCUGAGACCAGCCCAGUCCACCAGGGGACCAGCCCCACUUUCAUCCUCCAUGAGACCUCAUUAUGACAUGAACUCAGGGUCAGUGUCUACCCUCACUGCUAGACCGCAGCCCAAGGCCACUCGGCAGUUCACAGACGCACCACUGGAUGGGCUUGGAGGAUCAAGCUCAGUCCAAAGGAUCUAGCACUCCAGG